AUGCAAGGUAUUGCCCGCAUGGAUCCUAGUACCUACGUCCUCAUUGGAGGGUUUGCUGUUCCAAAAUUAAAAGGCACCUCGAACUAUUCCACGUGGGUCGGCAAGCUGGAACUUGCCAUGCGCUUCACGUUUUCCGAUCACUGGUCCAUCGCCACUGGAGAAAAGCUCCGGCCUUCCCACUACCAUGAAACUUUCGAAGAAGACAUGCAGCUCAUCAGAAGCGUCCUUGCCCAAGAACGGGCCUCCCUUCCGCCAUUUGUGACCCAAAUCCAGAUGGAUGACCUCAUGGCGGCCUUGAACGAUAUCAGCGGAGAAGGCAGCAAUGCCAGUAUUGACCACGCAUGGUUGAUCAAAAGCACUACCGCCUACAAUGUCCUUCUCACGACUCUGGAUGCUAACCUUGCUUGUCCCUUUCGCGAAGGUGAGACUGGAAAGGCCUUCGAACUGUUCACGUGGUUGCAGGACACCUACGGAAAAGGAAGUCUGCGAGCUCUGGUUGAAAAGUAUCAAUCUUGGCGAAGCAUGCACUAUGACGGUGGUGAUCGACGAUCGUUUAUCAAGCAGUUCGAAGCAACCAGCCGGAAAUUGGCUAAGGUCAUCGGACAUCCUGUCGACAACGCCAUUGAAUUCUCCCGCUUCAUGGAUGCCAUCUCAGGCAACGAGGGAAGUCUCCUGAUUGCCGCUGAGUUAGGGAUGGAUCUUAAGAGCCCCUUCGCCAUGCAAAAGGUGUAUCGAUGCUUUGAACAAGGCGUUGAAGCUGGCAUGGUGUGA